UACUUGAAAUUAAUAUUGUUUUAGUAGCUCGAAUAAAGAUAAUAAAAUCAGCGAGCGACAUAUUUAAAAUAGUACCUAUGGAUAAGAAAAUCUUAGAUUUUACUGAAAACGAUAUUAUAGAGAAUUGGAAUACAUUGGUGAGCUCAUCAACUGACUGCACGAUGCCUUCAGCGCCCAAGAAACGUCACCAUCGCGCUAAAAAAAAUAACAUGAAUGACGAGCCUCCAGCCAAGAAAUCGGCGCCAUCGAUACAACUUGACGCUGGUUUCAAGUGGAAUUUGCAGGCGUUGGCGAAGGCCGCGGAAUCCGUGGAAACGGGAGGAAAGUCGCCUGUAUCAGCUCUCAACGAGCUCGGUGUGAGGGUCUCGUACUGCGUGCUGAGACAAGGUGGCCCAGCGCACUGUCCGAGCUUCACAGUUGCUGUUACCGUAGCGGAUAUGACGUUUGAGGGUUGGGGUCACAGCAAGAGGGAUGCGCGAGCGUCAGCGGCGAGGACUUGUUUAAGUGCUCUGUUGGCGAGAGCGGGGCGGGUCCUCCCUAAUCCUGGUCCGCAGCCGGAUUUCACGAGCGACGAAGCACCUAAGUACCCGGUAUCCGAGUUUCAAUGCAUCGAAACGAAAAUACAGCCGCCGGACGGCAACGGUAACAAGGCCACACCACCACCGGGUCUCUUCGGCCCGGCCGUGUCCCCGGUACUUAAGAGCCCGAUAAACAUGCUGUACGAGACCUACCCCGGGAUCACCUUCCACUGCUCCUUCGGGGACGGAUCUCCCCUGGACACGGCGCAAGCACCCGUUACGCUGAGCCACAGCAUGCGCUUCAAAGUGGUCUGCCAGAUAAAAGACCAGAAGUUCGAAGGUUACGGGUCAAGCAAGAAGCUAGCGAAGUUAGCGGCCGCGAGGGCAGCCCUGGGCGAGAUGUGCGAGAAGACCAUGUCGCACGCCAGGCCCGUGUCCUCGGACGGUCUGCCGCAGCUGCUGGCAGAUCACGUCGCAAAAUUGGUCAAUGAAAAAUUCAACGAGAUGAUGCGAGGUGAUCUCGUACACUCCAAGAGGAAGGUGCUCGCCGGUAUCGUCAUGACCAUCGACAAUAAAUUAGAAGGAGCUAAGGUGAUAGCGGUGACCACCGGCACAAAGUGUGUCUCCGGCGAGCACAUGUCGGUUCGCGGUCGAGUCGUUAACGACUGCCACGCCGAGGUCGCAGCCCGACGAUGUCUCCAGAGGCACCUGUACGCACAGCUGCUGAUGUACGCGAAUUCGUCAAAUCCCACAGUCACCAUCCCCGAGUCAGACCUGGAGCCGGUGCCGGGCGGCGGCUACCAGCUGAAGCCGGACCGGCAGCUGCACCUGUACGUGAGCACGGCGCCCUGCGGCGACGGCCGCAUCUUCAGCCCGCACGAGCACCACGAGCCGGAGCCCGACAGGCACCCCAACCGGUUGGCCCGUGGGCAGCUGAGGACGAAGAUCGAGUCGGGAGAAGGAACCAUACCGGUCAAGAACUGUAUCAACGUGAUUCAAACGUGGGACGGCGUGCUGCAGGGCGAGCGGCUGCUGACCAUGUCGUGCUCGGACAAGGUGGCGCGCUGGUGCGUGGCGGGCGUGCAGGGCGCGCUGCUGGCGCGGCUGCUGCGCCCCGUGUACCUGCGGGCGCUCGUGCUGGGCUCGCUGCUGCACCGCCACCACAUGUACCGGGCGAUUUGCGGACGCAUCGAGGGCUGUAUCUCGGCCCUGCCGCCGCCGUACCGCCUCCACCGCCCGCUGCUGGCGCGCGCCGCCAGCACGGAGGCGCGCACGCCGGCCCGGGCGCCGUCGUUCAGCGUCUGCUGGUCCAUAACGUCGCCGUAUCCGGAGAUCAUUAACGCGACGACCGGUAAGCUCGAGAAUGGACACCCGUCGCUGCUCUGCAAGCAGAGUAUGUUCGCUCGCUGGCAGUACCUCGUGAGACGAUUACCGCUGUUACCUCAGGAUCCAGCCGGUCCAUAUCUACCGCCUUUGCCACAAGAUAUGGACCAUCUCCUGUACGACGAAGCGAAGAAUCUCUGUAGCACAUAUCAGGUUGCUAAGAGAUGCCUAACGGAUGCAUUCGAGCAAGCUCAGCUAGUUAUAGACGUCAGCGAUAUGCCGCCAUUACCGGCCGUUACCCGUUCCCUUAGCAAUAUCAACCAUCUAGCGGCGCUGCCCGUCAAAGGUUCCACCAGAGCUUGACUCGCCCUCGUCCAAUAAUAGAAACCUUACAAUUUAAUUCGGGAUAAAUCAUCAGUCAUCAGUCAUAUUCAAUACGAGAUUUGUUCACUUAAACACACGUAUCAAAUACAAUUUUACUUCCAAAGUUACGAUAACUUCGCCGUUCCAAAGUUACAAAACGCCAUCUUUUCGGGAAUCCAUAGUGAAUGUCAUCGAUUAUACAAGAUCGACCAAUGACGUCACGUCAAUUCAAGGUCAAAUGUUGUUUAUUUUGCUUUACUCCGUAAUUGGAAUAGACUUAAGAAGUGAUGACAACGUAGACAUAUAGAGAUGUGACGUAAUUCGUGACGUCACACGCUGAGGCGUGGCUUACUGCAGUUAAUAUGAACGUAGAGUUUAAUGUAAUACGUUAUAAAAAUCAACUAGAACAUGCACAAUUUUAAUGUUUAUCGUUUAACAAGUAAGAGUAACUUCAGUAUUUUGUUUGUUCAGUCGACUACCAAAGUUUUUUUUUUUCUUCUUAAAUAAAUAUCCGAUCCAUUAAAGUUAAAAUAUUUAAGGUUAAAAUAGUUAAGAGUUUGAGUUGAUGUACUGAGUUUAUUUUGUGUGGAAUUUCGGCAUAGUGUCGCUCAACGGUCUAUCGUCGUGAUAAUUACAUCGAAAUAAACUUGGCAAAAUAUUUUUAUACAAUUUAUGAAAGAAAAAAGAAAAGGCCGAUAAUCUUGCAUCAUUUGAUCUCUCGUGAAUACGGAUUGAGACACUUUAAACUAUUGAAUUAAAAUUUAAAAUCAACCCAAAUCCUAACCCAACCGUGGAUGGGUUAGGUUUUCAAGGACUCAUUGAAGGUUAUGUCUGAUAGAGAUAAUUUAGGCUUUUUGAUGCUUAAAACUGAAACGGUAUAAGUUUUUUGGGCUCCGUCAGCGCUUCAAACUCCGAUACCCUAUUGGCCAUGAUAUGCUUUAAAAAUUUAGCAAAUGUAUGAUAAUGAUUAUAUGAUGUAUAAUGAUUAUAGGAAUAAUAUUUAAACGCUUUAAAAAUCUAGAAAGAGUUUUAGGAAUUAAGUGUGAUUUUGUCAUGUAAAAUAUUUGUUUUUUAUUUGUAAUGAUGGAAAAUUUAAAAUCGUUUGUUAUUUUUAUUUUUAGUU